AUGGACACGUACCUGUCGCAUCGCGAGUGGGAGGCGCAGCUGAACCGGCUGCAGUCGCCGGCGCCGCCGCGGGCGCCGGCGCCGCCGCAGGCCUACUACGGCUACGCGCCGGCGCCGCAGCAGCAGCUCGUCCUGAGCAACGCGCCGGCGGCGCCGCCGCCCGCGGACGCGUCGCCCGACCGGUCCACGGCCGAGGCGGCGCGGGAGCGGAGCCGGCGGCGGGCCUGGGGCGCGCCGGGCGGCCACCGCGAGGGCCCCCGCGAGGGCCGCCGCGACAGCCCGCGCGACCGGCGCGAGGCGCUCGAGGACCACGACUUCCACUUCGAGCGGCGCAUGGCGAGCCGCGCCGCCGACGCGGCGCGGGAGCAGAUCGAGGGCGCGCUCCGGGAAAAACUACAAAACGCCGGCGCGGAGGCGCGCGAGGCCCGGGACCUCGCGCGAAAUUUGGAGGCGGAGAACGACGCGCGGAAGCGCGAGCUCGCGGGCUGCGCGAAGGUCGCGAGCUCCCACGAGCUGGCGUUGGAUGUGCUACGCCACGACGCCGACGCGCGCCGGGGCUGGCAAACGAAGAUGGACGGCGACGUCGCGGACCUGGCCGCGUGGCGGCGCCGCGUCGACGGCGAGCUCGCGAGCCUGCGCCAGUCGCGCGACGACGCGCGGCGCGCGCACGACGAGCUCGCCGAGGACGUGCGGCGGUUGCUGAAGCGCUUGUUCGGCGGCGAGGGCGGCGGCGGGUACGACGGCGGCGAGCUCGUGCAGAGCGCGCAGCUGCAAGCGCACGCGGCGGUGUCCGCGGCGAUCGCGCCCGUGCAGGCCCACCUCGAGCGGGAGCUGAGCGUCGUGCGGCGCCACGUCGCGGCGCUGCGGUCCGGCGGCUCCUUUGAGAACGUGCUGCCGGGCGACGUGGAGGACGCGCUGACGGCGGACCGGCCGAGCGAGCUGCUGGUGAAGGGCGUCGUCGCGUCCGCGUGCGCGGACGUGGAGGCGACCCUGGAGAAGAAGCUGACGACGGUGCUGUCCGCGCGCGUGGCCUUGGAUUUGGAGGCCAAGGCCAAGGACGUGCAGCGCGACGCGGAGGACCGCGUCUUCGCGCGCGUCCGCGCGGCGGCGACGCGGACGGGCGCUCGGGCCGGGUUGCUCGCGUGCCUCGGCGAGGGCGAGGUCGGCGAGGGCGGCGGGCCCUUCGGCCAGGCGGCGGCGGACGCGGCGGCGGCGCGCACGGCGACCGUCGACGCCGCCGUCGCGGCGACGCGGGAGCACGCCGCGCGGCUCGCGGAGUUGCGCGACGACCUCGAGAAGGCGCGGGCUGACGCGCGCGCGGAGCGGGAUCAACGGAGCGCCGCCGUCGAGGCGGCGCGGGCGGACCUGACGAAGCAGGCCGUGGCGGCCAUGGCGCGGGCGACGGAGGCGCGCGACGCCGUCGCGUCCUGCCAGUCCUUUGUGGACGCCGCGGAGGCCGCGGCGCGCGCGCGCGGCGACCGCGAGCGGAGCGAGGUGCUCCAGAAGGUCGCCGUCUACGCCGACGAGGCGCGCGUCGACGUCGGGGAGCUGCGGCGGCGCCAGGCGGCGUCGGAGAGCGCGUUGGGGGCUUUGGAGGAGAAGCUCCAUUUGGUGAAGGACUCGGCGUCGCGCGCGGUCGAGGACGCGCCGGCGGUGCGGCGCGCCGCGGCCGCGGGCGCGCGCAUCGACGCCGCCGAGGAGCAGCUGCUGAAACUGGAGACGCGCCUGGGCAACGUGCUCGAGGUGAAGAUCGCCGAGCAGGCGUCCGACGGCGACGGCCGCGACCGGCGCCUCGCGCGGCUCGAGGCGUGGCGCGACGAGCACGGCGGCGGCGGCGCCGAGGGCGCCAUCAAGAAGCUCGGCGACGCCGACGAGACGGCGCGCAAGGUGUCGCGGGACGUCGCGCGGCGCGUGUCGGCCCUCGAGGAGCAGCUCGAGCCGCUGCAGCGCCACGCGCGAGACGCGCCCGCGAGCCGUUUGGCGCGCUGCGAGCGCGACGUCGCGGACGCCGCGGCCCGGGCCGACGCGCUGGCGAAGAACGUCGACGAGCAGGCGCUGGCCCACCGGGCCGCCGUGAACGCGGCGUCCAAGGCCGCCGACGGCGCCACCAAAAAGCUCGCGGGCCGCGUCGACGACUUCUCCGAGGCCGUCAACGGCGCGCGGAAUCUGCGGAUCCGCGUCGACGCGCUCGAGGCGGACCACGGCGAGCUGCGGGCGACGGUGAGCCGCCACCACGGCGACCUGUCCACGUCGUCGCAGCUCGCCUUCGAGCGGAGCGCCAAGGACGCGCGCGUCUUCCAGCGCGACGUCACCAACGACCUCGAGGCCGUCCGCGCGGUCGCCAAGGGCGCGCUCGGCCGCACGGAGCGCGUCCUCGUCGAGCUCGACGCCGUCGCGCGGCGCGUCGACGAUUUGGCCGCGGACGUCAAGACGUCGGCGACGCUCGCCGCGCGCGCGGCGGCCGCGCCGCCGGCGCCGCCGGCGCCGGCGCCGGCGCCGCCGGCCGCGCGCGACGACGCCGACGCCGACGAGUCCAAGCCCGUGGUCCGCGUCGUCCUCGCGCGCGAGCGCGCCGGCGGCGUCGCGACGAGCCCGACGGCGAGCGGCGGUGCGACGAGCCCGUCGCUCUCGAAGAGUCCGUCGCCGAGCCGGACGCCGAGCCGGAGGUCCGACAGCGACGAGGACCUCGACGACGUCGAGGACGUGCCCCUCGACGCGGCGCCGGCGCCGGCGCCGGAGAAGCCCCGGGACCCCGUCGUCGUGCGCAUGCGGUCGCCGUCGCCCAAGGCGCUGCCGAGCCCCGCGUCGUCGACGUCGAGCCGCGGCCGCCGGUCGCCGCUCGCGCCCCUCGACGGCGCGUCGCCCAAGGCCUUCCCCUCGACGAAGAAGCGGUCGCCCCGCGGCGGGGGCUUCUCGCCCGAGUCCAUCCGCGAGGAGGAGGGCGGCGACGACGACGAGGCGCCGGCGAAGGCCUUCCUCACGGCCCAGCCGACGCCGACGUCGCCGUCGUCGAAGUCGUCCGCGGCGUCGGAGCCGCGCGCCGCGGCCGCGGCCGCGCGCGACGACAGCGACGACGUGUCGGAGAUGUCCAUCCCGAACCUCGGCGACGUCGAGUCCAUCCACAGCGCGCCGUCGUCGACGAAGAGCGACUCGCCGCCGCCGCGGUCCCGGUCGCCCGCGGCCGCGGCCGCGACGCCGCCGCCGCCGGCGGACGACGGCGACUCGGACGCGUCGUCGCCCCUCGUGCUCGGCGCGACGCCGACGAAGCUCGCGCCGAGCCGCCUCGCGCCGCCGUCGGCGAAGAGCGACCUCAGCAGCGUCCUGGACCUCGGCGCGGCGCCCGCGGCGCCCGCGGCGCCCGAGCCGGAGACGCCCGUCAAGCCCCCGGUCCUCGACGGCCCCGUGGCGCCGGCGUCGGCGUCGAGCGACAACAGCUGGGACGCGUCCGAGUCGUCCGACGACGAGCCGGCCGCGCCCGCGCCCGCGCCCGCGGCCGCGGCCGACGACGCGGCCGACGCCGCGGCCGACGACGCGUCCUCCGACGAGACGCCGGCGAUCCCGACGCUCGGCGGCGACGCCUCGGACAAGUCCGAGGACUCGGACAGCGACGGGCCCGCGCCGCCGUCGCCCGCGCGGCCCGCGCGCCGCGUCCGGAGCCUCGCGGACGACGCGCCCGCGUCGCCCGCGGCCGACAUCCCGGAGAUCCCCGAGAUGGAGGACACGCUCGACGCGCUCCUCGGCGCGACGGCGAGCCCGAGCCCGCCGCGGGCCGCGCCGAGCGCGCGGUCCUUCGCGCCGCGCGUCGCCGCGCCGCCGCGGCCCGAGUCCGACGGCUCCGUCGACGAGAGCUCCGACGACGGGGACGGCGGCGGCGAGCCGACGACGACGCUGAGCUUCGGCGGCGGCGGCGACUCGUCGGGCGACGAGACGCCGCCCGAGGCCGCGCCCGCCGCGGAGCCCGUCGACUUCCGCUCGCGCUUCCGCUCGCGCUUCUCCUCGGGCCUCGACGCGCAGAAGUCCGUCGUCGGCACGGAGAAGGAGAGCGACGACGACGACUUCGACGACGACUACGGCACGUCCGACUCCGACGCCUAG